GGCCUAUUUAUGUAAAGGCACCAGAUGGCCCAAUAAUAAACUGCCGGCCCAUUAUGCCCCCACCUCCUUCUCUCGUUCCCUUCACAAAACUCAACUCUCUAUUUCCACCCACACGCACACACCUCUCUCUUUCUCUCUCUCUCUCUCACGCACAACACAGCAAACUCCAACUCCAUUAUUAUUACUGUUAGAAUCAUUAGCGACACAAUGCACUCCUCCGGCGAAGACGACUCCGACAACCCUGCCACCACCGCGGGCGCCGAGUGGACGUUCUCCGCGAGGAACCACGCACCCUCAUCGGACCCCUGCUGGAAAGCCAUAGAGCGCGGCGGCGGGACCCUGGGACUGGGCGACCUCCGGUUCGUGCAGCGAGUGGGGAGCGGCGACAUCGGAAGCGUGUACUUGGUUGAGCUGAAGGGCUCGAACGGGUGCCUGUUCGCGGCAAAGGUGAUGGACAAGAAGGAACUCGUUGCCAGGAACAAAGACACGAGGGCGAAGGUUGAGAGAGAGAUUCUGCAAGCGGUGGAUCACCCGUUUUUGCCAACUCUUUACGCGUCGCUCGAUUCCCCUCGCUGGUCUUGCCUCCUCACCGAGUUCUGCCCCGGCGGCGACCUCCACGUCCUCCGCCAGCGGCAGCCCGAUAAACGCUUCCACCACGCCGCCGUUAGGUUCUACGCAUCUGAGGUUGUGGUUGCGUUGGAGUAUCUACACAUGAUGGGGAUAAUAUACCGUGAUUUGAAGCCUGAAAAUGUGCUCAUAAGAUCGGACGGUCACGUAAUGCUCACAGACUUUGACCUCUCACUGAAAGGCGACGACACAACAUCAACGGCUCAGAUCGUGUUCGAUCAAGAUCCACCAGGCAACGCCUGUUCCAACGACCAUUCCAGGAACCAAUGCGCGCCCGCCAUGUCAUCCUGCAUGCUGCCCAAUUGCAUCGUGCCAUCUGUCCCAUGCUUCCACCCGAAACGCGGUCGUGGCAAGAGGUCCUCGCGGUGUGGGUCGGUGGAGAUCGUGGCGGAGCCAAUAGAGAUUCGAUCGACGUCGUUCGUUGGGACCCACGAGUACUUGGCGCCGGAAGUGAUUUCCGGUGAGGGUCACGGUAACGCCGUUGAUUGGUGGACACUGGGAGUGUUCAUUUUUGAACUGUUCUACGGGAUGACACCCUUCAAAGGGCUUGAGCACGAGCUAACCCUAGCGAACAUAGUGGCACGUGCCCUUGAGUUCCCUAAGGAACCAAUGAUCCCAGGUGCAGCUAGGGAUUUGAUCUCACAACUGUUAGUGAAGGACUCAACAAUGAGACUGGGUUCAACAAUGGGUGCUCUAGCAAUCAAGCACCACCCCUUCUUCAAUGGAGUUAAUUGGGCAUUGUUAAGGUGUGCUACCCCUCCAUACAUCCCUGCAUCAGACAAGUGCAAGGAAUUGGUUCGACUCUAUAAUUGCACAACCAAUACCAUAGACUUCUAUUAGAACUCUCUCUCAUAUAUAAAAUCCC